ACACGUAGCGCUGUCUUUACCUCUCAGACCUACGAUGGACAAGGUCUUUGUUUGAAAAUAAAUUUAUUUUAAUUACAAUUGUCCAGGCCCACCAUUUAAAUCCUCAAGGCAAAUAUGCUGUCACAGAAACUAACUUCAAACUACGGAACCAGCUUAGUCCAGACCUGCUGGUUUAACAGCCCUCAAAAUGGAGGCGAAGAGCGAAACAUGGACUUCCACUCCGAAGGUUCACACACCACGACAGAGGGGGCCUUGCCUCUAAUGGCGACGUUCAAAAGCGGAGACGAACGUAAACCAAGACCCACGGAACUAGGAAGGGGCAGGCUGGUGAACAAAUCGCAAGACGACCAAGAAGGAAACGGUUCGCUGCCUAGCACUCCGGAACUCCAGUCAGAAGUAGACACGGACAGCCAGGCGGGGGAAGAAGUGUUGGAUAACGACACCAAGCGAAUCAUUCGCAUUUUUCUCAGAGACUAUGCAGGGGCAUCAAAAGCUAAAAGGACAAGACAAGACGAGGUUCAAGUGACUAUGAGAAGAGUUGUAGACGGCGUGCUUGAAAAACACCAAUACGCAUACAAGGGUAUGAUCCAGAAAUUGGAAUUGGACGGCCGAGGGGAAGACAUGAGUUUUGUCACGUCUGUGGCCAAGAGUCUCUUCGCAGACAGCACAACAAACUGGGGGCGUAUCGCCAGCCUGGUGGCCUUCGGAGCAGCGUUGUGUCAGUACCUAGAGGCCAGGGGUAAAGAAGGCUGCGUGUCGCUGGUGGCCGAGGAGAUUUCCUCAUACCUCCUUUCAGACCAACGGGAAUGGUUGGUCAAAAACAACUCAUGGGAGGGCUUCGUAGAGUUUUUUCGAGUGUCAGACCCUGAGACGACCGUGAGAAAUACACUCAUGGCCUUUGCUGGAUUUGCUGGUAUUGGUGCAACAAUUGCCCUACUAAUCAGGUCAGAGGGCCAAGUCUCCAGGGAGAAGAACAGAAAUUUACCCCAACAGACGUAAUUAACUGGCACUGAGAUGUUGGCCCACUUCCUUCCCGGUUAUGGAAAUACUAUGGGUUAGAUCUGCAUUUAGAAAAAGAGCCAGCACAGAAAGCCCCCUGUGGCUGGCUUCUGUGCUACAAAUGUGUUGACUGGGGGAGAAUGACCAAAAACCGGAAUAAAUGCAGAUUUGUACCUUUUUGUUUGUAAACGCUGAGGGCCCGCACACCAAAUGUUAUUUAAACAUUCCAGUCACUUGUAUAGCUUGCACCAUUGACAAAUAUGUUUGUCAAUAAAACUAUAAAUGUUGCCUAGUCUGGCCUUUUAUACGUUCUACUUUGACACAGUGAUGCAUUACAGUGACCUUAACCCUAUGUCAGAUUCUGUUGAAAUUGUGGUAUUUCGAAGAAGUUGUGCAGCUAUUUCCGCCAAGUCAGACAACACCCACAGCAUCACUUCAACCACAUGCAUUUUUUUGGGGGCAUUUUGCAAAACAGCAGCUUACUUCAACUUGCAUUUCAACUAGAGGAUGCACAAUGCUGUUGCUCAACCUGCCCUAGCUAUACGAUUGGGGAAAUGGGGUGACAAGCAUUCAUAACAUCCGCCCAAAUGUUUUUAAUAUCACUUCACGAUUUGUUUUACCUUUCUGUUUGGCGAAACAAAAUAGAUGCAAGACUGGGUGCAGCUGCUGGCAGGGCCAAUGCCAAGCAGAUAUAAAGGGUGUAAAAAUCGGUUUAAGAAUGGGCCCAGCUGUUGGGUUGCUAAAAGUAAUUGCUGGCAGAAGAAAUGCAACCAAAGCACAAGUCUUCAUUUGACUAUUGGCUGGCGUAAAUGACGUAUCCUGCAGUAUUGCCUUUGCUGGCAUAUACAGGCUUCCCUUCCGUCUGUCAGCCAACAUAAUAUAAUCAAGUGUCUAUUUGUAUAUUAAGAUAUUUUUUUAUUUUGGCCGUGGUUAGCUUUGGGGCGUUUACAAAGAAAAAGGUCAUACAUGGAGAAGUUCUUGAGAGUUGAUAAGGGUACAGCUGGACAUAUUUUGUGGUGUUGAUGCAGACAUUAUAUGGCGCUCUCUCAAUGUGUCUGGCACUGAUAGUGUAUGGGGAGAUUAGUUGUUGCGGUCACCCAAAAAGCCUCGGACCGGUGAAGUUGCAAGUGUAAACACUAGAGGGUCAGAUGAAGGCCUCAGCCUAGAGGUGCUUGACUCAUGUCAACUUUUAUGUUAUACUUAGGUGUGUGAUUGGUAGGGGUGGAACAGAUCCUCAAGCUGGUUAUAGUGCCCCUUGGCUUCCCAUGAGGCUUCCUGUAUGCCUGAGUGCCCUUCAGAUGACUAAUGUUAAUCAAUAAAUUUAAGCUUGUUCUAC